CUCAUGAAGAUUUACAUCUUGCAACUCCUGAGCAGGACGAUGUUUGAAAUCGGCUUCCUUGUAGGCCAGUAUUUCCUCUUCGGGUUUGAAGUCAGCCCGCAGUUCAUUUGUACCAGGAAACCAUGUCCGCACAAAAUAGAUUGUUUCAUUUCCAGGCCUACAGAAAAAACCAUCUUCCUGCUCAUCAUGUACGGUGUGAGCUGUUUAUGUUUACUGUUGAACAUCUGGGAAAUGCUCCACUUGGGUUUCGGCACCAUCCGAGACACGCUGAACAAUAAGCGGAAGGAGUUGGAGGACUCGGGGACCUACAAUUACCCGUUCACUUGGAAUACACCGUCUGCCCCUCCGGGCUACAACAUCGCCGUGAAGCCGGACCAGAUCCAGUAUACAGAACUGUCGAAUGCCAAAAUGGCCUACAAGCAGAACAAGGCCAACAUCGCACAAGAGCGGCAGUAUGGGAGCAACGAAGAGAACAUUCCCGCUGACCUGGAGAGCCUCCAGCGAGAAAUAAAAGUCGCUCAGGAACGCUUAGACCUUGCCAUCCAAGCUUACAAUAACCAGAACAAUCCCUCCUGUUCCAAGGAGAAGAAGGCCAAAGCCAGCUCCAAUAAGAGCAGCGGGAGCAGCCGAUCCGGGGAGGGGAAAACCUCCGUCUGGAUUUGA